AAUUGCGCGUUGGGUUAUAACCACCACCUGGCACGAAGCUGGACGACAUCUGUUGUACAAUACCCUCAUCUUGCUCACUCGUUACCUUAUUCUUAUUUACUUGACGAUACGACGAUGGCUGCUUCAGUUUUCAAGGUUGUUCCAACAACUCAACGAUAUGACUGGGGAAAGAUCGGGCUGUCAUCGAAAGUCGCUCAGUUUGCGGCUGCUUCGAAGAUACCUGGCUUCAUGCUAGACGAGGACGCGCCUUAUGCAGAACUUUGGAUGGGGACACACCCUAGCUCACCGUCCCGGCUAAUCUCGGAUGUCGAUACUACAUUGGCGUCCUACUUGGCCGCCCAUCCAGAGCUCAUCGGAGACACUGUUCGAGAGCGUUUCGCCGAUGCAGGCGCGAAAGAUGGAAAUUUGCCAUUCCUAUUCAAAGUCCUUGCGAUCGAGAAGGCGCUGAGCAUUCAGACGCACCCGGACAAGCGCAUGGCAGAGAGGCUACACAAAGAGAGGCCGGACAUCUACAAAGAUGCCAACCAUAAGCCAGAGAUGGCCCUGGCUUUGACUCCGUUCACAGCUCUAUGCGGGUUCCUUCCUUUGCCGCAGAUUGCCACAUAUCUAUCCAACGUCCCCGAAUUUGCCGCUCUCGUUCCACGGGCGAUUAUCAAUAAGUUCCUUGUCAUUUCGAAUUCUUCAAAUCCGUCCGGUCCCGAAGAAAAAGUUAGUCUAAAGGAUCUCUUUUCUGCAGUAAUGACCGCCAAGGAGCCUCUCCUCAAGGAGCAAUUGACAAAGCUUGUUCGGCGGUAUGAACUAGGGUCGGAACAGGAGGUGGAGAAGCCCGUCAAGGAUCUCAUCUUGAGAUUGAAUAGUCAAUUUCCUGGCGAUAUCGGUGUAUUCUGUGCAUUCGUCCUAAACUACGUGUCUAUGAACCCCGGUGAUGCAAUUUUCCUUGCCGCCGGUGAGCCUCAUGCAUACGUCUCUGGCGACAUCAUCGAGUGCAUGGCAACGUCGGACAAUGUUAUCCGCGCAGGUCUAACGCCCAAACUUCGCGACAUCCCUAACCUCAUCUCUGGACUGACAUACCAAUCCGCUAACGCGUCAAAACAUCUCGUCAAUCCUGUACCUCGAUCGACCCAUACACAACUUUACGACCCACCCAUCCCAGAAUUCUCCGUCUUGGGGUUGAACUUGUCUCCGAGUGAGAGCGAGACACAUGGGGCAAUCGACGGUCCCAGCUUAGCUAUUGUAACAGAGGGAAGUGGGACUGUGAGAUAUGCCGACAAGACGUUGAAUGUGAUCACUGGUGAGGUACUGUUCAUUGGUGCAGGAACUCCGGUGCAACUGCAAGCUUCUGGUGAAGGACUUGUGCUGUUCAGGGCUUUCGUUGAAGCAAAGUGAUGGCCAUACAGGACGAUGUGUAACAUUAGAUAAAAUGGAUCGAUACCCUGUUGGAAGCGCCGAUAUAGAAACCUGUAACAACAUGGAUGUAAUGGCGUUAGCAAUCUUUGCACCAGCCUCGUUAUCUGCUCUAGUACUAAUUUGUACGUCAUUGCAGUUCUAGGAAUUCAGGACUAUAACCGAUACUAAUGAGCCAUGACUUUUGGUAGUUCAGCUUUGUGUACUAGCAUCCCUUGGCAAUUUUUGGACUGUUAUUAACACUCGCAGUUGCAAUUGGGGUCUCAGUCAAGAUCACGAUGUUACAGCUAUUUGCGGAAAGACUCCGAUGCGCCACAUUAGCAAGAAAUACUGCAUACUGCA